GAGGCUGCGCUGUUCGAGAUUUCGUGGUCAUACGAGGCAUGCUUUCGCUUCCGGGCGAGCGGUCAGAGAUGUUACAGAGCGCACGGUGAACAUCCACAACGAUAGACCGAGCAUCGAUGCUUCGUGCAGGCAGGAUGGAGGAGUUUGUUACCGAGGAAGAUGAGCCAUGGUACGACCAACGGGAUUUGGAGCAGGAUCUGCACCUGGCAGCUGAGCUGGGGAAGACUCUUUUGGAGCGCAACAAGGAGCUGGAGGACUCCCUACAACAGAUGUACAUCAACAAUGAGGAACAGGUGCAGGAGAUCGAGUACCUGUCCAAGCAGCUGGAGAUGCUGAGGGAGAUGAACGAGCAGCAUGCCAAGGUCUACGAGCAGCUAGACGUGACAGCCAGAGAGCUGGAGAUCACCAAUGAGAAACUGGUUAUAGAGAGCAAGGCCUCGCAGCAGAAGAUAGACAGGUUGACGGGUACCAUGGAGACACUGCAGGCUCAGGUGGAUACCAUGACAGCUCGUGUGGAGGAACUACGUACACUAGAGGAGCUGAGGGUCCACAGAGAGAAGCGGGAGCGACGCAAGACUGUCCACUCCUUCCCCUGCCUUAAAGAACUCUGCGCUGCACCAAAGUAUGAGGAUGGCUUUCUGGUGGCCAACCCCGGCAGUGUGGACCUGGUGUCUGAGCGUGAGCGCCGGCCGCUGGACGAGGAGAACGAGCGUCUAAAGGGUGUGGUCUCCUCCCUGAGGUCCGCCAUGGUGGCAGAACGGGGCCGGAGGGAGGGGGCAGAGAGGGAGUGCACAGCUGUGCUGCAGGAGUUUGAGCUUAUGGAACAACGCCUCCUGGGGGCUGAGGGCUGCCAGCUGCGAGUGCAGGAGCUGGAGGCGGAGCUACAGGAGAUGCAGCAGCUGAGGAGGUCCCGGGUCUGUCUGUUGGAUGAGGGUCUGGAGCAGACCCUGCUCAACAAUGCCCCCGAGACCGACACACCCGAGGAGGGACCGGGGCAAAAGGAGGGAGGGGAGGGGACAGGAGGGGGGCAGCAGGGAGGCCCCGUGAGGAAGAGCUGCAGCGACACGGCGCUCAACGCCAUCUCGGCCUGCGACGCCUCUGGCAGGCGACAGGGCAGCUACGCAAUCCACGCCAACGGCGUGCGCAAGCGGGGUAUGUCCAUCCUGAGGGAAGUGGACGAGCAGUACCACGCCCUGCUGGAGAAAUACGAGGAGCUGCUGGGGAAGUGCCGGCGCCACGAGGAGAGCAUAUGCCACGCGGGGGUGCAGACGUCACGCCCUGUCUCCAGAGACCCCUCCAUGAAGGACUACGGCAUGGCCACCCCCGGCCCCUCAGCCAUGGCUGCUGCACCCCCCACCCCGCCCCAGACCCCCUCCACCCCAGAGGCCCUGGAGGGCAUCAGCCGGCAGGUAGACCAGGUGGACAAGAGGCUGGGCCAGAACACCCCAGAGUACAAGGCCCUGUUCAAAGAGAUCUUCUCCCGCCUGCAGAAGACCAAGAGUGAAGUGAACUCCACCAAGGGAGUCCCAAAGGGUAGAAAGUCCCCAAGGGUAGGAAGUCCUAAGGGGAGAAAGUCCAAAGACAAAUGAGCUGCUUUCGUGAUACUACUGAACAUGACCUCUCCUGAUACUACUAAACAUGCACUGAAAACAAUGGGUACAAAAGCCACAUUUUUUUUCCAGAAUUUGUUUCUCUUUGUUUGACCGUGUUUGUUCAAAGUGGUCACUUGAUGUCUUAAUGACAGGUUACCUGUACUUCUGCACUGGGGAAAUUAUACAAUCUACUGUGGAUGAUCCCCUCUGCUGUUUUAUCCCUCUCUAGAUACUGCCACGUUUUAUCCAUCUCUCUGGAUACAGCCACAUUUCACCCAUCCCAAUAUGAAUGAAUUGUACAUCUGAUGACAUUCAUCAUCUGGGUAGAUGAAAUGCCUUGAUUCUUGACAACGUAGUCGUGCACCCUGUCUUUGGUCAAGACAAUCCAGUACAAUGUUUAAAUGACUGAGCGUGUAUACUGAGACUGCAUUAAUUCUAUUUAAAAUGUAUAAAUAAUUGCUAUUUAAUGUUUUUGAUGACUGACAAUGAAUAACAUGUGCAGAGCUGUUCAUAAACAAUCUAGUUAAAUAUUCCUAAUCUCAAUUAAUAACACUGUUGCCUUAACAUAUUAGGCUUCACGUAUGCAUCAAUCCAACAUAUACAUUGGUUUUGAAAUCAGUAGGUGAAGCCAGUAGACUUCAAUUGAGGGAGUCCAUGGUACUCAAGGAUGUAGUAACUUGUUCUAAAUUAAAUACUGUAUGUAAACUGUAAAACUCAGUGUAGUGGUGAAUUUACCUUUUGUAAAAGGAUUCUCAAGAUGGAUAUGAUAAUGUUGCCAAAAUGGAGUUAGAUUGUCCAAGCUAGAGAACUGAGGAGCUCCUGAUGAUGCACUGCGUAGAACUGGAACUCUCAACCACACUUGACUAAGCUACUGUAACUGUGCUCUAAGCACCGACUCCUUGUUUUCUGGACUGCUUAUUUCAAGUACACAAGGGGCUCUAGCUGCCCUCUUAUCAGUACUUUGGUUUUUCAUUUUAAUAUUUUCCUUGUUCUCUUCUGCUCUUCAUUGUGUACAAACUUCAUGUGAUAUGGUCUUCCAUGCAUUUGUAGACGACCAUCUAAAUGUCAAACAUUGUGUUCUGGUCAAUGAGAGAGGUUGCUGGUGUGUUAGAUGGAGCAUGCAUGAUAGACGGGUAAAGAUGGUUUACAGAACGUUGUACUUUAGAGCUGGAUCAAUAACAGAAGUGUAAAAAGUAACAUGACUUUAUUGAUUAAAAAGACAGC